AUGGCUCAACCCUCCGGAGCCGCCGGGCUCCUUGCUCGCCAACUCAAAUACAUGCAAACCGCAAAGGACCUACCAGGAAUAUCGUGUGGGCUAGUAAACAGCAAUGUCUUCGAGUGGGAGGUAAUGCUCAUGAUAUCAGACGACUGCAAAUACUACGGAGGAGGCAAUUUCCGCAGCCAUCUCACCUUCCCCAAAGAAUACCCCCAUCUCCCGCCAUCACUCGUCUUUAAGACACCAAUUCCCUUCCACCCCAACGUGUAUGAAGACGGCCGUCUCUGCAUCUCGAUCCUGCAUCCACCCGGGGAGGAUCAAUAUGGUUACGAGAGCGCGGCGGAACGAUGGUCACCUGUCCAGACGCCAGAAACGAUACUGCUGAGUGUCAUCAGUCUGCUCCAUAGCCCGAACGACGAGAGCCCUGCGAAUGUCGAGGCCGGGCGAUUGUGGAGAGAGGAGAAGAUAGGAAACAAGGAGUUCAAAAAAAGGUGUAGGAAGAUUGUGAGGGAAAGUCUCGGAGAGGACUAG